GGACUCCCCUUUCGCUUGAAUCAACGAAUAGCUGCAUUUGCAAAGGUACGUUGGUCAGCCAAGGUCGCAAUAGGAGCCCAGAAAGGGUGUUGUUCAAGGGCUUCAAUCGGUUCGCUUCUGCCGUUGAAGUUUGAGAGGGCCAUGGUUGCCCCUGCCAGCCCGUCUUGAACAGUCGGAAAUAUCUCGUCAUAAUCUGAUGGAUGGCUUCCACUUGGCUUGGGUUCCCCAGAAAUAUCUGCCACCGAUCGAUGAAUCGCCUGGAGAGUUCUCGGUUGGGGCUGUAGGCUGCCUGCAUGCCGAGGGAAUCCUACAACCAUCAGAAUUGGACUCUGCCUCUCUGCCCUAGAAAACCUUGCCCGUGCAACGGCGACGGAUUGGACAUGGUGAGAGCUGUUCCAGGUGUCCCGCCUCAUUCAGCGCCAAGGCAGCAACAUAGCAUCCAGUGAACAUCCUCCUCCUCUCAGCUUGACUCCCAUGUUCACUUCGGCAGUGCGGCACUGCUCUACCGUACUACAUACUCGGUCGAGUGUCUGGUGUGACAUGCGAUGGGUGGUUUUGUUCUGGAAAGGAGGCAAAGGAUAUAAUUACCCCAGAUGAGAACGACCAGGGAGCAACCUAUACACUAUUACCCCAUCACCACGACUUUCAGUACUCCAGCACCUACAUUACUAGAUUCAAGAUAUCCACUACGUCCUGAACUUACCCAUCCGCAGCAACCAUCAUCGCCACCCCCUAUCAUCUCUAGAGACUAUCACCAGACCCAUCACAGCCAACAUGCCAUCCCGGGUCUCAUCCCCCUCGCUCUCCGAGCAGUUCUACUGCAAUGACAGUUCCUCCGUGUCAUCAAUGUCCUCCCGUCGUCACCUCUACGGCCCCUCCUCCAUGUCCUGCCGCUCCUCCACCUCACAAGACUGCUCCCACCCAAACUUCUCCUUCCCCCUUCCCCCUUCCCAGCCCACCUCUAGCUCCCGGGGCCGCGGACUCAGGAGUAAACCGUCCAAACCAACCCUCAUAAAGACCCUUUCCCCGCCACAGCCCACUACCCGCUCCCGAGCCGCCAGCUUCGGCAAGCGCACAAGGCCACACGCCACCCCCGUGGUACCGAGCCACGACGAAAUCGCCUUUCCCGUAUCCUAUGAAGACGCAUGGGCCGGCUCCCGCUACGGGGAAUCGGCAGUAGCCGACGGCCGCACCGACCUCGACCGGGCGCGCAUCUUCAUCACGCGGUUUAUUUCGAUGAGCUCCAACAACCCGUGGGUGAACGCGGAGCUGCGGGACAUAAUCACCAACCGCGAACUGUGCCGAAGUGUGGCGCACGUGGUGUGGGCAGUGAUGCACCGCGUGUUUGGGAACCGACAUGCCGACUUUGGGGUGACGCCGUUGGUGCAGGCUAUGCGGUUUAUCCUCAUCAAGGCGAAUAUCCCGGCUGAGGUGGACGUGGGUGAAAAGGCGAGGCAGGUAGUGGAUUUCUUCUUUGAUCCGACGUUGCAUAGAAACUUGGAACCGCUGCCUUGCGAGGAGUUGGUGAUUUACAAGUAUCCCGUGGGCAGGUUGAAGGUUUGUAUUGUCGGUGGAGGGCCGACGGGACUGGCCAGCGCUAUCUCUUUGGCGGAGAAGGGAGGGGGAAAGAUUGAGGUGCAUGUGUGGGAGAGGAGGUGGGUGAGAGAUGAAAGGACUGGAGAAGUUGGAUAUCCCCCAAAUGCGAGGAGGAGAGAUCAGGUCGUGACGCUGCAGGAUUCGGUCACGGAUCUGUUGACUCCCAAGUCCUUCCAGGCACUGUUUGCUGGACGGCCGGAGAGGGUCUGGCCUGGCUCGGCGAAUAUCCAGAUUCGCAAGGUGGAGGACCGGUUUCUCAACAGAUGCCAGGACGACGACUUGCGUGGGCUGAUUCAUCUCCACGCGGAGGGCGUCACAAGGGAAGAGCUCAAGAACGGCAAGUGCGGCGAUUUCCACGUUCUAUUGGGCACUGACGGCGCUGCCUCCUGGGUCAGGCGUGACUACUUCCGCGGCUACGAAAAGGAGCGCGGUCGGUCUUAUGCCUUGGGUCUGGCCUUUGACCGCGGUUCCGCCGGUGGACUGCCUUGGUCCCAACCGCUCAACAUGUUCCUCACUCUCGGCCAGACCCGGUACCUCCUCAACGCCUCGGACCAUGACGGCAAGGGGUACCUGAACAUGCAGCUGACCGAAGACGAAUGGCACAAGAUGGUUGGCGUGGAUGGUGAGCCCGUUCACUUUGGCUCCCCGGGUUGCUUCCGCCGCGAAGACGGAUCUAUCCCCGAGGGAUUCAGCGAGAACCGCGUCUUCAAGCCUUCCGAACACCGCGACUCCUCGCUCUGGAAGUCCAUUGAAGACGGGCUCAAGCUCUUUGGCUUCAAGGAAUCAGAAGUCAUCAACGUCGUCCGCAUCCCCAUCGUCGUACAAGCUGUGCGCGAAGGCGUGCAACGGCUUCCCCUCGAAGACUCUCGCUUCGUCCGGCGUCCGCACGCCCUCGUAGCCGUGGCCGGGGAUGCCGCCAUGACGGUACACUUUUGGCCGGGUCGCGGUCUCAACUCGGGUAUCAAAGCCGGCAUCGCUUUCGGUGACGAGCUUGUGCACGCUCUCAACCGCGGAGAGUUUGCCGGUCUUCCUCUAUCGUCAAUGAAGCACUACAACGACUUUAUCCUCAAGCUGCAAGACCGCGAGCACGACAAGCGCAGCAUCCCCAUUCUCAACCAAUCCGGCACCCCGGAGACUCUCGACUGGCUGCUCAAACAAGCCUCGUCGGUGCCAGACAACGUGGCAAUUGACUGGCUCGUGGGCGCCAUGACGCAGAUCGCCGACCGUCUCGAACAGCGAGAAGAUUGGUACUUCAAGCCCGAGAUCAAUGUCGAAGCGCAAAUCCGCAUCGUGCUCCGGCAGAUGCACUCCCUUACUCUCCGAGAAAUGGCCGUCUCGUUCCCCUGGCCGACGCGCGAAAUGGCCGGUGCCGAAGUCUUGCCGUGCCGCUCUGCAAAGCCGGAGCCCCCCGAGACGUGCAAGAAGGCGGAGCAGAGGUGGUUGCAGCAGCUGUGGGGGAUCAUCAGCAAGGAGCCGAGUGUCGAACGCAGGCCCAGACUCCCUGGUUCGGCAUCGGGAGGGAGCAAUGGCCGGUUCGAAGCGCCGCGGUUUACCGUGCCGACGCUGAGGAGCAAGUCGUCGUCGCCAAAGCUGAGGAAUGGUGGUUUCGUGGACGACAAGCAGAGACCACCGAUGCCGAUGGGUCAUCCGUUGAUGGCGCAGCAAGGAAUGGGGCCGGGAGCGUCUUCUGGAUCGCCGCCGGGUAGUUUGAGGAGGAGCAAUGCUAGCAAGAAAGGGGGAAGCAUUAGCGGUUUGCCGGUGCCGUCAGAUUUUGCUGUUGCUGAGACAGGAGUAAUGGGUGGACGACAGAGGAGUGUCAGUGUCAAUACGGGUGCGCAGGGUCAAGAGGCGGGCAGUGAUGGGGGGUUGACGAGGUUGAUGAGUGUCAAGAGGCAGCCGAACCAGACGAUGCUGUGUGAGGCCAUGGCUUUGGCUUUGUUUGGUGUUGGCGAGUGAUGGAAGGGGAGAUUGGGCGGGUGCGACGACAAGAAAUUGCUUUUUGGGCUGGAUUUUGAAUGGGAAAGGAUACCUCUACCCAGAAGAUGCUUUGGUGUUUGGUGCUUUGAAUCGGCGUUUGGGAUGACGUGAUUUGGCGGGUUGAGGGCAGG